CUGUCCGCAGCGGUCAUGGGCGAGUCCGAGCCCUGGCACGGGAACUGCAUAGCCCACACCAGCCCCUGGAGCCCCUGCUCCACCAGCUGCGGCCUGGGCAUCUCCACACGGGUCUCCAACGCUAACGCCCGCUGCUGGCCCGAGCAGGAGAGCCGCCUCUGCGCCCUGCGGCCCUGCGACGUGGACAUCCGUCCGCUCAUCAAGGAAGGGAAGAAGUGUCUGGCUGUGUACCAGCCGGAGGCGCCCGUGAACCUCACCCUCGCCGGCUGCGUCAGCACACGCGCCUACAGGCCCAAGUACUGCGGGGUCUGCACGGACAGCAGGUGCUGCAUCCCCUACAAGUCCAAGACCAUCAACGUCUCCUUCCAGUGCCCCGACGGGCCCGGCUUCUCCCGCCGGGUCCUGUGGAUCAACGCCUGCUUCUGCAACCUCAGCUGCAGAAACCCCAACGACAUCUUUGCUGACCUGGACCUCUACCCCGACUUCUCAGAAAUCGCCAAUUAGGCGGGCACCACACGCAGGGCUCGGGCCUGGCCCAACGCGUGCCAAGCAGCCAGCCCUCGGCGGCCCACGGCUGGGCCCUCCCUAGUCCACUUCCCGUUCAUUUCCGGUGACCCUGACCCAGACCCUUGGCCCCUUCCCUGUCUCCGACCACCCCGUGGCCCACUAGGCUGCUGCUCCGGCCCCGGCUGUGGGUCCCGUCCUUGGCAGGGUCCUGCGUGCCCUCCACAGAAAGUGCCUUCUCCAUCUGGUCUGGGCCACCCCGGCCUGUGUGAGUCACUGUGUGUCCUGAGUCCCAUGGAGCGACUCGGCUGGACCUCUGAUCUCGCUAGUCCCCCCUUGAGAUGCCAAACGUGAGACUCCUUGGGUCCACGCAACAGGAGCGAUGGGAUUGAGGACAACGGAUCAGUCUACUGCUCGGGCCCUGCCGAGGGGCCCUGUAAUAAUAGUUCUGACCACAGCACCCCAAAGUAGCUCUGAUCCCAAAGAUUUACGUACC